AUGGCCGCCCCCAAUGCGAUUAUGGAUGCCACCAAUACGUCCAACGCGACAACACCGCGCCCGUGGCUCGGAAAGCUCGUUCCGACAACGGUGCCCGCGUCACCGCCACGUCCACGUGUCACACCGCAAAUGAAGGGAUCGGCGCCGCGCUCUGCGCCAACCAUCCGUCCUAGUGCGAUGCAGAAUCCGCGCCAGCCACCAGCGGCCGAGAGCGCUCGUGCACCAGCCCCCGUGCCCGCCAAAGCUGCUGCGAACGACGAUCUCGAGUUUCCUUGGAAGCGGCUUGACCUUGCCCUCGCCGAUUAG